AAAACUUGAAAUCUUCAUGAAUAGGACAUCAAGAAGCAAAUGCUCGCCUUAAAUGUGUUUAUUUUCCAGUUACUCAGGGUAAAGAAAACAUUGAAAGGAUACUUGAGAACUUAAAGGAUGAUGGUUAUGAGAACCUAGAGAACUUUGAAAGUUUUAGCCGUGUUACUGUCCGACGCUUGGGUCGCCUGCUUCCAGAUGAUCACUGGCCUUGGCUUCCAUUUAUGGAACCCAAACAAAGAAAAGGAGAAACCCUUAAAAGAUGCUGCUUUAGAGUAAAAUGUUUUGUAGAUACUGAUGCUGGUUUCAACCCAACGCGAGCAAAGACAAAUUUAGCGCAUGGCAGUCCUUUUACCAUUGCACUAAAGAACUUUGGCAACAAAACCCCUGAGGAAGAUGUACAUGUUGAAAUUUACAAGGAUGGAAAAGAGUUGUCUUUUUCACAACUAGAAAAGCAAUAUCAUGAAUGGAUCUCUAAGAUGCAUGAAAGAUAUGAUUUGGAAAUUGAAUCAGGCGACGAUCAACCUACCCUUGUACUAGGCUAUGAGAACAGAAAAGAGCUUGGUACAUCAUCUGAUGUUUUGAGGGUUCAUAAAACUCUCAAGAGGAAAGGAAUUACCUGGAAAUCAGGACAGAGAAUCAAAAUUCUGAAGGGAGCAUGUGCAGGCUUUCACCGGGCAAACACUUUUGCCUCUCUAGAGUUUAUUAUCCUUGAAGGAUGUGAAGGCGAUGUUGGUGGUAAUGCUAGGAUUAUCUGCAGGCCACUGGGAGUCCCCACUGAGGAUGGUUGCAAACUUUCUUUUGAUAAAGGAAUUGCUAACAUAGAUCUACGUGGCUCUAAAUCUUUACCAUUUAGUGUCAUUGAUUCCAAGAAGUGUAUACCAGUUAAUGAUGCUGAGUGGGAAUCCCAGCUUCUGAAGCACCGUCAUGAAACCACCCCAUCGUCAAUUGAAUUAUUGGAUGCCAAUCAUUCUCUAGACUUAGAUGUUAGUGAGAUGUUACCUGGUGAUAUAGUUGAUGCUGGACAUAACCCUCCAGAAGAAAUCCUUGCCAUUGUUCGUCCUGCUUCAUACAAUUCUGCUGUGGCUUCUAUGAAAUUGGACCAGAAGUACAUACUUAAAGAAAGUUUUGAAAUGAGUCUGAACAUCAAAUUUUCGGCUUCAGAUGGAAAUGACGAAAAUGCCAGUCAUGUUUAUUCAAAUCGAAUAAAACCAUCAUUGCAUAAAGGGUUAGUUGGGGUUUACAUAUUCCCAUUGAGAAGUAAGUUGCCGAAGCUAUUUCACAAAGCUGGAGUAUAUUCUUUUCUAUUUUCACUUAAAAAAACUUCUUGUGCAACUUAUGAAAAAAAAGUGCGUGUGCAAGCUUUGUCUGAGGCAGUGAGUUGGGGACUUUCAAGUGAAAACAGCAUAGAGUAUAGAACACGGGUUGGUGAACCUCUUCCAUGUAUCAAUAUUGCCUGUUAUGAUAGAUACAUGAACCGCAUACCGUUCAAACCUAUUGCUGAUGUUGUAAUCAAGUUUCAUUCUGAACAUGAUGGUUUUGCUUACGACCAUGCUAUGGAUGUGUAUACAUCACAAGAUAAAUUUUCUUUACGUAUUAAGGGCCUCCUUAUUGUAACCAGUGAACUAGACAAGAUUGGACCAAACUAUGGAACUACUUUGUCUAUAUGUUCAGAGGACGAAUUAUUUUCUGUAGCCAUUCCAGUUCAAGUUUUGCCUGGGCCACUGCACCAUAUCAGUGUUCAUCCACUAAAUUAUGGACAGAAAUUGUUACCUGGACUUAUGGUUAAGGAGCUUAAAUUGGAGAUGUUGGAUGAAUAUAAUAAUCAUAUCCAAAAAGAUGAGGAAAUCAAACUGCAGAUGGAUGGAUUCUGUGCUUAUGAUCAAGGUUGUCUUAUGUGUAAGGUAGAUAAAAAUGGUUUUAUAAACCUUGGUGGAGUACUGAAAGUUACAGCAGGAUAUGGUAAAAAAGCUUCCCUCUCUGUUUUUUCUGGUGAUAAAUCAGUUUUCAAACAAGAAUUUCAAAUUGAGGCAAGAGAGCUGCGAAUUGCAUCAGAGAUACCUGAAGAUUGUGUUCCUGGUUCUCAUUUGGAGAACAUCAUCUUUGAGGUCAUAAAUUCUGAAGGAGAGGUUGAUGAAAGUAUCCAUGAUGAUGAAAAAAGUGGUCAGCCCCACACUCUUACUAUAAAAUCUGAGUUGUUGAAGAUAGAUGAGACUGUGAGAUACAGCUUCUGUCACGGUCGCUGCACUGUUCGUAGCAUCACUCUCCCAGAAGAUGAAGGGAAGUUCCAUUUUGUAGCAGUUCAUUCCCGUUACAUGGAGUUGCAGUUGCGUAUAGAGGUGAAUACAAAAAAAGCUGUAGAAGCAGACUCUGGAUAUUUCCAAUCUCAAAGUCCAGAGAGGCAGAUAUUAAACAAAGAGGUUGAAAAUUUCCAAUAUCGAAGUGCACAGAAGCAGAUCUUUCCAUAUGAGAAUUCAUCCCCCUACAAAGCUCCAAAAUUGGAGCAUGAUGAAAGCGAAGCUGAUCAUAAGAUGUUGGAGGAUGAAGUUAUCCAUUAUGCUCAACUCAGUCGUCAGUGUGAAAUCGAACUGCAAAUUCUUGAUUCCAAGAAAUCAAACAUUCAGACAGAAAUUUUCAACUUGGAAGAAUCUAUUGGACUUUCUUCUUCUCAGAAUUGUUGCUGCACUCAAGAAUCAAUUAUGGAGCAGAUUAGUGGCAUGGGUGACUCAGCAGCUGCCAUUGCCUGCAAACUGAUUGAAACACCUUCAUCAUCUGUAGAGCUACAUCAUGAAUUUGCCAAAGAGAUACUAGUUGUGGUUGCACUACUUGGAUUUGCUGAAAGCUAUGAGCUUAGCAGGAUUUUAGCGGAGUACCUUGGUGAGAAACAAAUGCUCGCUGUGGUUUGCAAUGCCCAUGCAUCAUCUGUUGGUGCCUCCAAAAUGCAUGGGUACUUGAGCAGUGCAGAUGCUCUUAGUACAUUGGCUAAUAAUCUUGGAACCUCUAUUAAUGGAGGAUAUGAUAUGAUAUGCCUCAAUGAUAUAAGGCCUUACACAGGUGAGUUGAGCAUUGGUCCCCAAAGAAGGCUAGCAAUAGUGAAACCUGCUUUACCAAAUGGGGAGAGCCCUCCAGGGUUUUUGGGCUAUGCUGUCAAUAUGAUUCACAUAUCUGCAAAACAUUUGCAAUACAGAACCGCCUCGGGUCAUGGUCUUCGCGAGACUCUAUUUUAUCGUCUUCUGGGUGAGCUCCAGGUCUACGCAAACAGAGAUUGCAUGUGCAUGGCUAGUUCCUGCUUUAACAACAACCCCGCUGUUUCUUUGGAUGGUGUCAUCAUGAGAGGAAAUGGUGUCACAACCCACGCAUUUGGGGAUCCAUUCAUUAUGUUUCCAGUCUUCUCAAAAGAGCAGCAGAUGAAUCUGAUGACAGUGAAUCCAGAUGUACUAAAUCUGCUCAAAUAUAAGAAGGUACAACUCAGGGAGGUUCAAAAUGAUAUUGAAAACGAAAGAAUGGCAUAUGAGGAAAUCAAUAACAAGUUUAUUGGUUUUCGUGAUGCAUAUGUCAAUUUAACUCAGGGAAGUAGUAGUGUGCAAAAUACAUACAGUUAGGCCAGGCCAGGUUAAAUAUGAAAAUAUAUAGAUAGUGAAUGAUGGUUUAUAUCAAUUUUUGUUGGGGUUAAAAACUAUUAUGUAAUGACAUUAGUG